GACCAAUGACGGGUGCAGCGGAUGGAUGAUCACAAAAGCCCAGCUCAGCCCCUCGCGGCGAAACCCUUUCUUUCCUACUUGGAAUCGAUGGCGUAGGCCCAGAGCGAUCUGGUUUGGCUUCUCUCUCUGCCUCCGCUCCUCCGCCUCCCACCCCCACCACCGCCUCCUCCGCCCCCGCCCCCGCCGCCGCAGGAAGGAAGGAAGGAUGGAAGCCCCGGGCUCCCCCUACGCCUCCUCGCCGGAAUCCGCCCCCAAGCGCGCGCCCCGCUCCCCUCCCCCGCAGCAACCCUCGGAAGAAGGAGAUGACAAGGAGAAACCAACACAUUUGAGGUUUCUGGUGUCUAAUACGGCAGCAGGAUGUAUUAUUGGCAAGGGUGGAUCAACUAUUAAUGAUUUUCAGUCUCAGUCUGGGGCUCGUAUCCAAUUAUCACGUAGCCAUGAGUUUUUCCCUGGUACAAACGACAGAAUCAUCAUGGUUUCUGGACUGUUUGAUGAAGUACUAAAGGCUAUGGAGCUGAUUCUUGAGAAACUUUUGGCUGAGUCACAUUUUCAGGGCGAAGAAUUCAAUGAAGCUGAAGCUAGACCUAAAGUUAGACUUGUAGUUCCUAACAGCUCUUGUGGUGGAAUAAUUGGUAAAGGUGGAGCAACAAUCAAGUCAUUUAUUGAACAGUCACAUGCUGGAAUCAAGAUUUCACCACAGGAUAACAACUAUGUUGGUUUGCAUGAUAGGCUUGUUACUGUCACAGGAACCUUCGAAAAUCAGAUGCAAGCAAUAGAUUUGAUAUUGAACAAGUUAUCUGAGGAUGUUCAUUACCCACCUAAUUUAAGUUCCCCAUUUCCAUAUGCAGGUCUUACUUUCCCAAACUACCCUGGUGUUCCUGUUGGGUAUAUGAUUCCACAGGUGCCAUAUAAUAAUGCCAUGAACUAUGGACCUAAUGGUCAUGGAGGAAGGUACCAAAACAACAAGCCCAGUACACCUAUGAGAUCACCUGCUAAUAAUGAUGCCCAAGAUUCUCUCACCAUUGGCGUUGCUGAUGAACACAUUGGUGCUGUCGUAGGCCGUGCCGGAAGGAACAUAACAGAGAUCAUUCAGGCUAGUGGUGCUAGGAUCAAGAUUUCAGAUAGGGGUGACUUCAUAGCUGGGACAUCUGACAGGAAAGUGACAAUUACUGGAACAUCAGAGGCGAUUCAGACAGCAGAGUCCAUGAUUAUGCAGAGGGUCUCAGCCAGUUCUGAGAGGUGAUAAAACCUCUUGAAGAAGAAUCUCACCCCAUGCAUCCGAAUCUCCCUGCGAAUGUUCGAUGCGAAGCUAUGAGGAUGGGGAAAUUGUUUUUUCUAGCCGUAGUAGUAUUAUCUGCAAAGCUUGAGAAAUUAUAUGGUUAUUGUUGUUCGUUGCGUCCGUCCGAUUGUGUUAUGUUAGUAACUAGUUGAGUAGCUGCGCCGUUUAAAUUAAUUUCGGAAUAGAGUUAUAUAUUUCAUCAGGUUGGACUAUUCUCCAUAUCUAGACGCUGGUGUGCUAGUGCUGCCUGUUUGUAGCUUACAAUUCCAUUGCUCAAGGAUAGAAGAAUAUUCGAUAGAGAACAUGGUGACCGGUUUCCUUUCUGUUAAUAAUCCUUGUCAAAUUCCCUCUC